UGAUUUUGCAUUUCCGGGAGGGAGAACUGUUUGUAAACAUUGCAGUUCUCUCCACUGUCAGCUCCUGCACACUGCUUGCAUGGCUGUGCAUAGCAUAGCCAUGCAAAUCAGUGUGUUUACAGUAAAGCACUAAUACAGGACACAGUGUAAAACAGCACACAGUUAGCCCUUUGAUCACCCCAUAUGUUAACCCUUUCCUGCCCAGUGCCAUUAGUACAGUAUCAGUGCUUUUUAUUAGCACUGCUCACUGUAUUGGUGUCACUGGGGAUGUCAGUGACACUAAGUCAUUUCCCCCCAGUGUCAGACUGCCCGUUGCAGUCCCACUGU